AUGCCUCUCCCCACGCAAGACGACCCCGGCCCGAUCAACAUCCUCAUCACCGGCGCGGCGGGGCUGGUCGGCACACAGCUGGCCGCGCGCCUGCUCUCGGCCCCGCAGUACCGCGUGCUGCUGACCGACCUGGCCGACCCGGCCGUGCCGGCGGGCGUCGCCUUCCCGGAGCACGCGGCCGCGCUGCGCGGCGACGUGACGUCGCCGUCCUUCGUCGCCGAACUGCUCGCCCACCCGGCCGUCCAGCCGCUGCACGCCGUCUUCCUCUUCCACGGCAUCAUGUCCGCCGCCGCCGAGCGCGACUACCCGCUCUCGCUGCGCGUCAACGUCGACUCGGUCCGCCUGAUCGCCGAGCGCCUAUGCGAGGUCCACCCCGGCAAGACUCCGAACAACUCAAAUCUAUCCAACUCAACUCAACCAAAUCUAACGCAAAUCAACGCAAAUCGGCCCUAUUGGCAAUCAAAUAUAGCCCUGGAUUUGAUCUUGCACCCCGGUGUGCGGGUCGUGUACGCCUCGUCGCUGGCUGUGUUUGGGCCUCCUUUUCCUAGAACCGGUGGUCAAGGGCAAGGGGGUGGCGAGAAGGUGCCGGAGGGCUGGACGCCGACGCCGCUGAGCACGUACGGCGCGCACAAGCUCAUGACCGAGGUGUACCUGAACGAGGUGCAUCGCCGCGGCGGGCUGGACGUGUUUGUCGUGCGGUUUCCGACCAUCUCGGUGCGGCCCGGCAAGCCGACGGGCGCCGCGUCGAGCUUCUUGAGCGGGAUCAUCAGGGAGCCUAUGAACGGGGUUGAGUGCGUGGUGCCGUUGCGGGAUCGCGGGUUCAGGGCGUUCUUGACCGCGCCGAGCACCGUGGAGGAGAAUCUGAUGCGCGUGCUGCGGAUGGACAGCGGGGCGCUGCCGAGCCAUAUGCGGCAAAUCAUGUUUCCCGGGAUUUCGGUCAGUGUGCAGGAGCUUAUGGAUGCGUUGGCCAAGUAUGGCGGCGAGGACAAGCUGUGGUUCAUCCGGGAGGAGGUGGACGAAGGCUUGGAGCGCAUCUUGCGCAGCUGGGCUGUGGACUACGACAUCACCACGCCGUUGCGGCUCGGCCUGACCGUGGACCAGUCGGCGGACGAUAUAGUGAGGGAGUAUGUUGAGGGGCUAAAUAAGUAG